AAUUCAGGUUGAAAGAAGAAGGGGGAUGAUCAGAACCCCCCACACACGCAUGUUGAAACUUGAAAGCAUUGUGAGGAGAGAAGAUGUUGUGGCCAAGUCUCAGAGCAGCAGCACCACCAUCUCCAUCUCCCUCCCCUCUCCUUCCCCUUUUCCUCUCUCCCACCCUCCACUCCCUCCCUCCUCUCCCCUCCCCAAUCCUCCGCCUCUCCCCAUCCCUCCGCCUCUCCCGCCCCUCUCCUCUCCUCGCCGCCCCUCCUCGCCGUAGAGGCCGCGAAGACGAAGAAGAGGAGUAUGAUCAGAGCGAAGAUGAGGGUGAUGAUGAUGAUGACGAUGCGGAGGCGGCGAUGCCGUUCGCGGAGAUGCGGCGGUGGCUGGAGAGGAAGCCGCGGGGGUUCGGGGAAGGCAGGAUGUACGACACCGCGGUCGAGGACCGGCUGCUGGAAGAGAUGGAGCGCAGCCGCGCCGCGCAGCUCGCCAACGUCAGCAACCUCAGGAGCCAGCCCGCCCGCGGCGAGAAGAAGCAGGAUGAUCCUCCCGGGAAAUCAGUAGAUGCCAUACAAAGUGGCAUUGGCAUUCGUGUGUCAAACCUCCCAAGAAAGAAGAACAUACAUAGGGAUCUCCAAUCAGCUUUCAAAGGGUUCCCAGGCCUCAUUAAUAUAAGCCCUGCAGUUAUUGCGAAUAAAAAGACUCGUGAUCCAAUUUGCAAGGGCUUUGCAUUUCUUUACUUCGAAUCUGAAGCUGCUGCUGAGAGAUUUGUACAAAUGUACAGUAAGAAAAAUGUGGAGUUUGGUAAGGUAGAAAAGCAGAUCUUUUGUGAUAUCAUAAACCCGCGCAGCUCUUCCAACUCUUCCAUGCAAUUGGCCGACACUCGAACAAACACUUCUCUCAAACAUACAGAUACAGAAAAGGAUUCUUCGAGAUCUAACAUGGAUAUUCUGACUCAAGAUCAAGAUCCGUUAGAAGGCAGCUCUUAUGAUGGAUCGUUUGGCACUGAAGAAUCUCCAUUCCUUGUUGAAGAAGAUGAUCCCUUUUCUGAUCUUGAAGCAAUUGAAACUGGAAUUGAGCACAUAGAUAGUCCCAGUCUAGACAGUGUCCAAUAUGUGAGUGAGACAGAAGUGGACGUGUCGGAUUCAAAUGAUUCAAUGCCAUUAUCUCAAAAUAGGAAGAAACAAGUAGCCUCAAAGAAGCAAAAUAGAAGUGGUAAACAAAAACCAGUGAAGAACCCUAAGUUGGGUUUGCCGGGUUCAGUUUCCAGGUUGAAAAUCAAGGAGAGAACAAUUCUGUCCGGUGUUUUCUCUAAGUAUGGUUCGAAGGAGGUUGUUGUUUCGUCAAAGGAAGGAUAAUCAUCACUAUUUGUUGGAAAAUUAUCACUAUUGGAUCAUGUAACUCCAGAGAGUAUAAUCUUUUGCAAUUUAUGACACUGAAUUUAAACAUAGGGAAGGAUGAUUUGGACUUCUGCCCAAGAAGUCAAGAACUCGGAAUUCGCCAACAUAUAUGGAUAAAUAUUGGAUCAGUCAGUGAACAGGGGGAGAGAGAAAGCGAGCUUUUGAAUUUAUUUGCACAAAGUUAUUUGAUCUUGUGAUGAUAUAUGAGUAUUUAUGUUUCCCUGCAAAACUUGGAAGUACUUCAAGUGCUCUGUAACAUUUUUGGUGUACUGAAGUCGCAGUAAGUUUUAUCUGAUGAGAUGUGUUUAAACUUUUCCUUUAAAGAAGAGUGAGAGAUGAAAGAUAAAUCUUAAUCUUCAAACAAAGUUUUGUCACAAAUA